AUGUCUAACUACACCUACAUCAACGCAUCAACUGUCGCUGAAGACCCUCAUGCUGAAGACGACUUCGUAAGAGCAAUCCAAAGAGUCACUGCUACGUUGUACGAAACAUUCCCAAUUGUUUUUCUGAUAUUUGGGACUUUGGGCAAUACUUUGAGCUUUGCCGUGCUAACAAGAAAAACGAUGCGCAAGAACUCAACCACUUUGUACUUGGCAGUUUUGGCAGUCACCGACUUGGCUGUCCUGUGGCUGGGCUUGACCAGACAUGCCGCCAUUGCCUUUCAGAACAAAGACGUGAGAUUGCUGCACUCCUCUCUUUGCAAAUUGCAACGAUUUUUCUUGUACUUUAGUUUAGACUAUUCAGCGUGGAUUCUAGUCGCUGUAACAGCGGAAAGGUGUUUUUCAGUGUACUUUCCACUGAAAAGCCUUACUACAUGCACCCGAAAACGUGCUGCAAUUGCUCUUGCUUGCAUAGCAACGGCUAUGGCUCUGAAAAACGCCCAUGUUUUUCUGAGUCGUGGACUGCAAUUUGCCACAGAUGGUGACGGGAAAACGAUCCUCGUGAGUGUGUGUGGCUACCCCUCGCCAGGGUAUAAAUUCUUUUGGAGCUAUGUUCUGCCCUGGAUCGUGUUUUUGGUCUAUGCUUUGGGCCCAUUCCUAGUUAUACUCGUUCAUAACCUACUGAUCAUAAGAAAGGUAAUCCAGCUUCGCAAAAAAAGAGAAACUAUGAUCGCAAACAGUGGGAGUGUAAACUCGGAUCCAACUCCUGCUGCUGUCAUCGCGACAUCUUCCAGAGACGAUGGGCCAAAUUCUCAAGAAACAGCAGGCACUCCCGGAACAUCAAACAACAUAGCUGCGCCAAGUAAUGAAGGUUCAUCUUAUCAAAAGCGAGUCACCCAGAUGACCGUCAUGAGUGAAGAACUGAAGAGUACCUGUCAAUGUGAAGAAGAAGCUAAUCACAUACAAGAGUGUUUGAACGACUGA